AUGAAGAAAUUCUGGAAUCUUGGGCUAAUGGUGGCCUCAGCUGACCUUCAUUGCCUCUGGGGAUCCUUAAUUCCACAAGAUCCUGAAUCGCAUUUGCUCACCACCGCGGAUGUGUCCAGGACGUUUGGAGAGAACUUGGGAGAGCAAAUUGAACAUGGCAUCACCCUCGCCGACAGGCUUCCCGUGCCUUCAACAGGCGCCGCACUGGAUUCCACCUUAUCCCGAAUGCGUGAUGAGACUGCGCGAGCCGGAGGACAGUCGAGAACUACCCUGAUUCAAUCAGAUUUGGCUCGACCAACUUCCUCCAAUUUCAAUCUUGCAUUUGAAAGUAUCAGCCAUGGCAGAAGUCAAAUUGCCGUUUGCCAUCAGCCAAGCGCCGAGCCAAAUUUCCUGAAACGGGGUCGGCAACAGCGUACUGUUAAUAUUGAAGGGAUAGUAACCUCUAAUUAUGGUGCAGCGGCUCGGGACGCCUCAACCUCGGGCUUUGGGCUUCUUGACUUGGUUGAACAAACCCCGAAGGCUCCACGGGCCCCUGUCAUGCUCACAUCCACACCCACGACUGAGCACAAUUCAAACCCUAAGAUUUCACACAACGCCACCCAAAAAAAAACUGGCAAUCCUUCUAACACGGCCGGCCGAUCUCGUAAAACGCAUAGCUUUAUUUGGGAGUUUUUCUCGCUUAUCAUGGAGGAGGGUAAGAGUUUCCAACCUUUUUCACUUUUCACUUUUGUCUUCCUGUUUUCAUGGUGUGAUUGA